AUGUGGCUGCACCGCUUCGCUUCGUCUCGAUGUGCUCGAGGUCACGCCUGGACGGGAUGCAGAAUCUACAACCACAAAAUGCACCCUCCGCAAGGAAUGAAGCGCCUGGUACUGGCAAGGUUCAGUGCUAGUCCAAGUCAGCCCGCAAGUGACGACAAAGACAAAGAGAGAACUACCGCAUCGCUGCCUCAGCUCUGGCAGAUUCUUCGCCCUGAGCGGGGACGGCUACAGUUGGCGCUUGCAGCGCUGUGCGCCUCCUCUUCCGUCAACUUGUCGUACCCCUACAUGGUGGGCAAGCUGGUAGACCUGUUUGGGGAAGGUGCGGACGGUCUUCAGUUUGUUAUGGAUCACACUUGGCUCUGUGGCGGAGUCAUGGUGGCAGGCGGUUUUGCAACAUUUUGUAGGCUGUACCUGAUUGAGACGGCCAUUGAAAGAAUAGCAUUUCGGCUGCGGCGUGAAUUCUUUUGGGCACUGAUUCAACGGCCGAUCGCCUUCUUUGACGGCAACAAGACCGGUGAGCUCGUAAACCGUUUGGGCAACGACAUUACCAUGACCAGCCGCGUCCUCAUCGACGCCUCCGCUGGUAUCCGAUCCCUCAUCACCGCGUGUGUGGGCACCUGCAUGGUCUUCCAGCUGGCACCCACAGAGAUGAUUAUGGGUCUCCUUACUCCGGUCGCUGCCUUGUUCGUCGUUGGAUUUGGAUAUGGACGUGUUGUCCGCCGUAUUGCCGAGAAGCGUCAGCAGAGAUUGGCAGAAGCAGUUCAGCGUGCGGAGGAAAGAUUGGGUGGAAUUCGGACAGUGAGGACUUUCAACGCUGAGAGACGAGAGCUGGCUGGCUUUGAAAGACUGCUUGAUUCUGUCUAUGAAGCAGGCUGGCAGAACGCUUUGGCAAUGGCAGGCUUGUCCUGCUUCUUCGUCACAGGAGGCGGCUUGUUCCUGAUACACAUAAUCUACAACUGCGGAUUGAUGGUGACGAGCGGGGUUGUCAGUAUCGGGACCACCGUGAGCCUUGCCAUGUACUGCUUCAUGGCCGGCUCCGCGUACACCGGGAUCAUGACCUCAUACGGAGAUAUACAGAAAUGCCUUGGGUCUUGUCAGAAGGUUUUGGAGAUCUUGUCUGAGUCUGAGAGCUCGGUGCAGCCAAUGCUGACAGACAGAAUAGUUUCUGCUGUCUCCGCUUCGCACCCACCCUUGGCUGUGAAGUUUGAAAAUGUGAGUUUCGCUUAUCCGACUAGGCCAACUCCGGUUCUUCAAGACUUGAGCUUGGACAUUCCCGCUGGCGCACGUGUGGCGUUGCUUGGGCGAAGUGGCUCCGGAAAGUCUACAGUCGCUUUGCUUCUGGCAGGCCUCUAUCCCCCCACGCAAGGGAAAAUCUUCGUAGACGACCGUGAUAUGUAUGCUGACGACGGUACAGCUUCCUGGGUGCGAUCACAGCUUGGGGUAAUUAGCCAAGAGCCAACGCUUUUUGCCCUGACCAUCCGCGAAAACGUUGAAUAUGGCGUGGACGGGGGGAACGAGACCGAAGAGACCUCAGAGCAUUCGAGGCCGGGGUGGGCAUUGGUGUCGACACGGAGG